UUGCAGCCAUUACAGAAUUUCGGUACUGUCAAAGUAGAUUGAGAGGGAAGGGAAGCCUGAAGGAUAUUUCGGCUGGAUGUGUUUUGGUUUUGUUUUCCACCGUAUUGAUGGACCGUUAACGUUAAUCUUCGACACCAUUGGAUAAACUGACGUUAGCUUUUUGGCGCAAAAUGACGUCCCUCCCGAGUGAAGAUUUGUCCAGACUGCUAGCUACGCUACAUCAGACUAGAAGUGGCGAUGAUCUACAAGAAAUAAACUUCCUCAACCAGGUUCUCACUUCUAAAGGCAUGACCAACUUGCUUCGGGUGCACAAGAAAAUUAGUGCCAUAGUGGGGAAGCCCCACUCUGCCUCAGAUACCAAUGGCACCCUGGAAUAUGAACCUGAGAUGAUUGUUCCUAUAGUCUCAAAUGUAUUCCACAUCUCCUGUGAAGUGAUUGAAACUCUUCAGAGCUUUGUGCAACGGAGUGGAAGCAGGGACUCCAGGGAACUUAUUUUGUUGCUGCAGCGCCCAGCUUUUCAAAGUCUGCUCUUGGUCCAUGACACCAUAUCUCAGAAAGAUUAUGUACCCAAAUUACCUGAACCUCCAUUUAACACUGUUGAUGAGGAUGAAGAAACCAUCAAGAUUGUUCAACUUGUCAAAAGCAAUGAGCCAUUGGCUCAGACGGCUGAGCCCAUUGUGGGAGCGACGAUCAAGACGGACGAGCGAACGGGAAAAAUUGUCAUCGCCCGCGUGAUGCAUGGCGGUGCAGCGGAUCGGUCGGGAUUAAUCCAUCCAGGGGACGAAGUUGUUGAGGUCAAUGGUAUCGAUGUAUUGGGCAAAACGCCCAACGAUGUUCUCGAGAUUCUCCAAAACGCCGAAGGAACCAUCACAUUCAAAUUGAUCCCGAGUGAAAGCCAAAGGCCAUCUAGGGAGAACCGCGUCAGAGUUCGAGCACUUUUUGAUUUCACGGCUGCCCUUGAUCGAUACAUUCCGUGUAAGGAAGCCGGGCUCGAUUUUCGAAGAGGAGACAUUAUUCAUAUCGUUAGUCAGGACGAUCCUUACUGGUGGCAAGCGAGGCAUGAAGGCGAUAAACAGAUGCGCGCUGGAUUAAUUCCUAGCCGCAUGCUGCAGGAGAAGCGCAUCGCUUAUGAGAGGGCUCACUCGGCUAACAAUAACAGCGAUCAACAAGAAAUAGGUUGCAGUCGAGCACGUUCAAUUGGCUCUUUCAAAAGCGAAAAGAGCAGCCCCACUCAAAAAGUCAUGUACGCUCUGGCAGAGAAUGAAGAUUUCGAUCGGCAAGAAAUUGUCACUUACGAAGAAGUGGCCCGUCUGAUGCCCUACCCAGCUGUUCCUCGGCCGAUUGUCCUCAUCGGCCCGCCGGGUGUUGGACGCAACGAGCUAAAACGGCGUCUCAUCGCACUUGACCCCGACAAGUUUAGAACCACCAUCCCAUAUACUUCACGAUUGCCGAAACCGGGCGAAGCGGACGGAGUCGACUAUCAUUUCCUCGAUCGACAGCAGAUGGAACGCGAUAUCGACGAUGGCCUUUUUGUAGAAUUCGGUGAAUACAAGGGGAACUUGUACGGGACGGCCAAUCGAAGUAUCAAGGAAAUUAUCGAACUCGGUUACACUUGCAUCCUGAAUCCGCAUCAUCAGGCAUUGAAAACAUUGAGGACUGGCGAAUUCAAGCCGCACGUUGUCUACAUCAAACCGCCGGGAUUCAACGUUUUGCGUGAAACACGUUCAGCUGCUUACGCUCGGUCGACGUUCGAUGAGAAUUCUUCACGUGGUUUCACCGACGACGAACUCGCCGAAAUGAUCCGCAGCGGCCAGCGGAUCGAACUUCAUUACGGCCACCUCUUUGACGACGUUAUCGUCAAUGGCGACCUGUCGACGGCCUUUGAGCAGUUGCUCGUCGUCGCUCGUAAACUGGACACCCAAGCCCAAUGGGUUCCCGUUUCUUGGGUCGUCUGACCUCCUCGACUUCUCUCUUUCUCCCUCUCUCUCUCUCUUUCUUAAUCUCUUUGAUUCAUUAGGCAUUCCCUAAAUCUAAAUCAUAAAUCUUAAAAAAAGAAAAAAGACAAAGACAUUCGUAACAUUUUGCCAAGGAAGAAUUUAAAUACUCUCGCGAGUCGGGAUAGGUCUGUUAGUUAAUUUUAUAUACAAAUAAUUGUUAACCCUGCCAUUUCCCCGUCCUUUAAUUGUUUAUUUUAUUAUUUAUUCGAGCCCAAAGUUUUCAGAAAGCUCUGCCAUAUUAUCCGCCCUCCUCCAAGUUUUGAUUCCGUGCAGCAGAAACUCAAGUAUAACAAGAUAAUUCACACAAGUUCUAGUCGCCGUUGUCUCUCUUUGACUCCCAUUUCUUUUGUUGCCCGACUCUGCAUUUUUCCAUCAGAUUUCUGAAUAUGUGUGUCUAACUCUCGAGCGAUCCCUUAUAUUUUAGAAAUCUCAUUUCAACUAAAAAUCAAUAUUAUUUCAUUUCAGUUAUUUAUAGUUUAAAAAACUGAAUUGUUUGUGACGUUUCCCUUGUGGUCAGUAUGAAAUCCCAGUAUGAAACCAAAUUAACCCAAAAAAGAAAAUCAAUUCCAUGUCCCCCUUUUCUCACAUUAUUCUAUAGCUGCGCCCCUCUUUCAUUCUAUUAUGACUGCCCCCUGUCAUCUGUAUCAUUUGCGCCAUUACCCAUUUAAUGUAUAGGAGAUUGUCAGA